AUGGUAAACAAGGUCAGUAAACCAACUCACGACAAAACUAAUAACCUAGAUAAAUCCCAGACAAAUAUAUUAGACAAAAUAGAUGAUGAUAUACUUAAUGUCAAUAGGAUCCGUGGUUCUUUAACCAACAAAACGCCAACCUCCAAAACCCAUUCGAUAGAUGAUGAGCUUAAAUUGGAAGAACAAUCAGAAACUGCUGCUGAUGAAAACUGGCAAAUAGCAUCGGAAUACUAUAAAAACAUAGACACAAAGGCGUUCCGACAAUAUGAAUUAGCCUGUGACAGAGUCAAACAAUUUUAUGAAGAACAACAUGAAAAACAAACGGUUGCAUAUAAUAUCCAAGCAAGAAUUAAUUUCAAAACUAAAACGAGAGCAAGGAUGACUGUUUGGGAAGGACUAGAGAAAUUAAACAAGUUAUUAGAUGAUUCUGAUCCCGACACCGAGUUAUCACAAAUAGAUCAUGCAUUGCAAACGGCAGAAGCUAUACGACGAGAUGGGAAACCACGAUGGUUUCAAUUAGUUGGGUUAAUUCAUGAUUUAGGGAAAUUGUUAUAUUUUUUUGAUUCUCGUGGUCAAUGGGAUGUAGUAGGGGACACUUUUCCCGUUGGUUGUAAAUUCCUGAAACGAAUUAUUUUCCCUGAUAGUUUUAAAAAUAAUCCCGAUUUUCUAAAUCCAUUGUAUAAUACCAAAUAUGGCAUAUAUUCGAAGCAUUGUGGAUUAGAUAAAGUCAUGUUGAGUUGGGGUCAUGAUGAGUAUAUGUACCAUGUUGCGAAAAAGAAUUCGACAUUGCCUCCUGAAGCAUUAGCAAUGAUACGGUACCAUUCAUUUUAUCCAUGGCACCAAGAAUUGGCAUAUAGUUAUUUAAUGGAUGAACAUGAUAAAGAGAUGUUGAAAGCAGUCAAAGCAUUUAAUUCCUACGAUUUAUAUUCCAAGAUAGAUCAGCAGUAUGAUGUUGAAGAGUUGAAACCAUACUAUCUUGAAUUGAUUGAUGAGUUUUUCCCAAAUAAAGUAAUUGAUUUUUAA